GAUACAGAUAUAUUUAAUUAGGCAAACAAAAUCCAAAGUAUCUCUGGAAAGGUCCAAAACAUGAUCAGGAUCGACACCACAGGCAAAGAUGCAGGUGGAAGUGAUGUUAAGACAGUUUGUAGAGGAAAUGGAAAGUGAUGAAGAGGCAGGUUAACCUGACAAUGUUUGUGAAUGAGAGAGACACACGAUCAGUGUAGUACUUGUGAAGCUGGAAAAACCUAUAAAGAGUAAUUCCAUUCUUGAUCACAUUGGAAAUGCACUGAACCUUACUCCCUCCAAAUCGGCCAACAAUAUUCAUUCAUAAAAAGGCAAACGUCAUUUGUAUCACACAUUUCUCGACAAAGUUAAGCACAAUGAAGCCAAAACCGAGAACAUUUUUCUUCACACAGCUAAAAUGGUUUUCUGAUCAGUAUAGGUGGUUGGUUUCAUUAGAUAUUCCUGACUCACUACUUUUUUCCAGUAUAUCUUACAGACUUUUAGAUAAAAUGGUUGAAAGCGCCAAGAAUUGCAAUCAAAGCUCCUGGAACAGCUGGCGAGGGAACCUUUAGAUUGGAAUAUUCUAACUACUUUCUUUCUUAAUUAUUACACUACAAUACCAUGCUUUGGCAGUCCUUCUCAUGCCAAUAAACCGACCGAGUGGGAGUGGGAGAGAGGGGGGAAGGGGUGGAGAAUGGGAGGGAGCAAAAUGUUGUCAGAGAAAGUUUCGAGGUUUGUGCUCUUGUGGUGAGCAGUGCAUAUUUUUGUCACUUCCUCUUGUAACCCCCGCGAACAGGACAGGAGCGCCAAAAGAAGGAGGGAGAAAGUGAAAGAGGGAAGGGUGGUUCAGUGAUUAUGUGCUAAGGAGGUGUGUGUGUGUGUGUGUGUGUGUGUGUGUGUGUGUGUGUAGAUGAACGCCACUCUCUCUCUCUCUCUCUCUCUCUCUGUGUGUGCGUGUGUGUGUGUGUGUUUGUGUACUUUCAGAGCGUUCCCACUUCAGCCAACAUCCUGAAGCGGGACACUCUCCUCUCCUCUCCUCUCUCCUCCAGACCAACACAUGGACUCCAGCAGCCUGAAGAGAAGGCGGUGAGGGGAGCAACUUUUCAGAAGAGAGAUAAAUGGUGGGAGGGAAGUCUGCUGUCGGUUUCCUGGACUGAGCUGAGAGUGUUGGAGUUGCAAUAGGAGGCAAUCCUCCUUUCCUGUGUGCAAUUGUGUGUCAGUGUCUAUAAAUAUAUAUGCAUAUAUAUGUGUGUGUGUGUGUGUGUCUGUGUGUUUUCUGUCUGCCUGAAGAUCGGGACCACAAACUGGGCUGAAAAAGACUUGCGGAUGCGGCAAAGAGGAGGACCAUCCAAAAGAGAAGAAGAGCAAAGUGAUAAAACAGCAGUGGCCGGGAUUAGACUGAGCGGAGAAGAGGAGAGCGAUACAUAGUACGAAGGGGGAAACUCACCUGGGCCUGACUCCUUCCCCUGUCAUGGGCUGCCUGCUGGCCCUGACCCUCGCCUACCUGGCCUACCUGCUGGCCACUGCCAUCGGCUCGGAGCGACAACAGCACCGCGUGCAGCACGGCCCGUGCAGCUACACCUUCGUCCUCCCCGAGGUGGAGCACUGCCAUCCCCCGACGGACUUCCAGGUCACCAACGACCUCCAGAGGGACUCCCCGCCCGAGGCCGAGCCAGAUUCGAGCCAAGCCAAGCAGGGCAAGGCCCAAAAGGAGAGGUCUUCCUGGCAGGAGAGAAAGCUGGAGAGUCUGGAGAGUGCCAUGGAGAAUAAUACCCAGUGGCUGCACAAACUGGAGAAUUUCAUCCAAGAGAAUGUGCGCUCUGGGAUGGACGAAAUAAAGAGAACUGCGGUACACACCCAGACAGCCGCCAUGCUUGAGAUGGGAACCAACCUCCUCAGCCAAUCAGCAGAGCAGACUCGCAAACUGACGGACGUUGAGACCCAGGUGUUAAACCAGACAAGCCGCCUGGAAAUCCAGCUGCUCGAGUACUCUCUCUUCACUAACCGGCUGGAGAAACACAUUCUCCUGCAGACUCAGGAAAUCUCACGCCUCAGCGAUAAAAACAGUUUUCUGGAACAGAGGCUCUUGGCUCUGGAGGCUCGGUAUGGGAGAGAACUGCAGGGCCUGCAGAGCGAGAAGCAGCAGCUUCAAGAGCUUCUGGAGAGGCAGAGUCGACUGGUCGGUCAGCUCCAGGGUGAGCUGGGCAGCUCCACUCUCAACAGCACCUUACUUCAGAGACAGCAGGCCGUGCUCACAGACACUGUUCAGCAGCUGCUGGCCAUGGUUAACCACUGCAAUGAAAUCUCCAGCAUGCCCAAAGCGGAGUCUCUCCGUUUCAGGGACUGUGCAGAGAUCCUGCGAUCUGGAGCGUCAGAAAGUGGACUAUACAGCAUACGCCUCCCUAACUCCACCCAGACUGUCAAGGUGUUCUGUGAUAUGAAGACUAGAGGUGGCGGAUGGACGGUACUGCAGCAUCGGACAAACGGCUCCGUCAACUUCCACCGUGGGUGGAGGGACUACAAAGUGGGCUUUGGAGAGCCGUCUGGGGAACACUGGCUGGGAAAUGAUAUCAUUCACAGGCUGACUAACUCCCAGGAAUACAGUCUGCACAUCCAGCUAAAAGACAGAGAGGGGAACGAAGCCUUCUCACAUUACGACCGCUUCUACAUAGAUGGAGAAGGCCACAACUACAGCCUUCAUGCCGAGGGGUUCAGCGGCACAGCUGGACGGUCCAGCAGCCUUACCCACUCUGGCACCCAAUUCAGCACCAAGGACAGAGACAACGACCACUGCACCUGCAAGUGUGCACAGCUCGCGUCAGGAGGUUGGUGGUUUGAGGCUUGCGGCCCGUCCAACCUGAAUGGCAUAUAUUACCCUCCCUCUUCCAGUGUGGUCCGCUACAAUGGCAUCAAAUGGUACUACUGGAAGGGUCCAAAUCUGAUGGCUACUACGACAACCAUGAUGGUGCGCCCAGCAAACUUCUAAAGCAUGGCUGAUUCAUGAUGUCUGAUAAUGAAAAGAAAUCCACCUCCAGCCAAUGCUGCCCAGAAACUGGUUUACUUUAGGAGGAAUCAGACUGUUGGACAUCCUGGUUGCUGCAACAACUGCCUGGGGACAAACACAGACUCUCAGCAGAUGACUGUUUAGCGAAUUCCUGUGUGAGGAAUUCCACUCACAAAAUUUAGUCACCAAAGUGUCCAGACUAUAUUAAAAUGAAGAUUGAUGCCGAGAGGCCGCAGAAUCACAACUUAUUAUGCAGACACAAAUUACCAGUUACUCCACCAAAAAACGUAAUCCAAUGAAUAAAUUGAUUCAUCAUUAGAACCACUGUAUGGCAACACCUAUGUUGAUGUUAACAUAUGAAACCUUGAGCUGUGUGUUUUGUCUAUUUGCUGUAUUUCUUCCCAACUGCAUAGAUUCACAGACAGCUAUUUGUAAAUUUUACAGAAAGUUCACUCAUUAAAAUGUUUACUAUGUA